AUGACGUCGUGCGACAAGGUGCGGGUGGUAGUCGAGCAGCUCGCCACUAUCAAUCCACACACGAACGCCAAAGACCUGCCCGACGCCCCUCGCCCCGACGAGUCCUCCAUCCCGCGGAACUUGCCGUCGCUGCAGCAGCUGCCGUACGUGCAGAAUGUGCUCAACGUGCUUUCAUACAAUUUCCUCCCGCAGACGUUCUUCUGCCUGGAGAAGCACCGGUCGCUGCAGAGCAUAAUGAUGACCUCUAAGGAAAUCCUUGCGGAAGCGCUGCCAAUCCGCUGCCUUGAGGCUACCUUUGUUGGGCUGUAUCUUACACAGGCAAUGAAGAACGUCGACCGCAUUCCGGUCUCCUUCAAGUCGCGUGUGAAGGGACACUCGUACCAUCACAUCGUCCUUGUCAUUCGGUGUGACUCACUGUACGGUGCUCUCGGCCUCAGUCGCAAAGCAACCCUGAUGGACAAGCCGGUGACGUACAGACGACUGUUCGACCUCAUCAUGGAGUACAAGAAGCAGUACGAGGCCAUUGGACACGAGCUGGUGGACUUCAAGUUGGGCCUCUGUGUCAGCCACGAGGCGCACUCGCGGAAGGUGCCGUGCUGGCGCUACAUCUCGGUGAAGCUGGGCAAGAUGGGCUCGCCGUCCAGCUCCGCGUCGCCACAGUCCGGUGGCGAAGUGGAGGCUGGAGAGCCCGGCGACUGCACAGCUGAGGCGUGCAGCAGGGACGGCGUCGGCAGUGUUGCGGACGUGGAGCUGCUCCUCGCCUGUUAUGCCGCUCUGCUCACCACGAUGUCUGAACAGUACGACAGAUACGCCGCCUCGUACGCCCUGGGAUCGGCGCGCCAGUUGCAGCCGACGUCUCUAAAAGACCUUAACGAGAUUGAGGAAACGACGGCACGCGAGGAAAACAAACGACGUUUGGAGGAGCUGCGCUGUGGGCGGUCGCCGUGUGCCAUAGGUGACGCGGGCACAAAGAAACGCGCCGCCUCGCGCUCCGUUUCGAAGAAGCGCGGCGACUCCACCUUCGGCGGGACAAUGAAUACUACGAUCACUACCACCACCAGUGGAGGAGGAGGAGGAGGAGGCAGCAGCAGCUGCGCCGCGAGGAACUCCUACACAGGCCGAACGACGGUGGCCACAAAGAAAACUCCAAAGAAGGAAAGCCUUGUCAGUACACAAAAAACGUAUCCGUCACAACAACAUCAGCAGCAGCAGCAAGACCAGCUGCCGCUGGUCGCAACUCAUGCAUCAAGCGUCGUCUCAGUGCCUUCUUUGAAUGGAAGUAUUGGCAGUGGCGGUGGCACAGCGCAUAGGUGCAGUCAGAGCAACAGUCUUUCCCCGUUCGCGGUGCCACCGCUUCUUCCUCUACUAGCAAAGAGUGGCGAUAUGACGUCAUUGGCUGACUUGCCCCAGGAUUAUUGGGCAAUGCCGGUAUUGCCAGUCCACAGCUCUGAAGAGGCGAACCUGCACAACCUCUGGUAG